AUGGAGUACCAAUCCCUAGCAAUCAAGCAUUUACAUGCAGAUUUGUCGCGAACUUCUUGCUGGGAUGAGGAACUCAUCUUUGUGAUUUUCAUGCUUGGUCUAAGCACCAGCUGGCAUGUCGUCACGGAUCUUGGCAUCGUCCAUCUAAAGGCCAUACAGCAAGCAAUUCAUGAACCGAACUUUCGACGGAAAUGUGACAGCCAGAUCCUCAAAUUUUUCAAAGAAGCACUCGUUUAUUGGGAAAUGGUGAUAAGUUCGGUCCAUGAUGACGUUGUCGUCCACAACGACUUGAUCGCAAACACAACGCCGGUUCUUGGCCCCCUUCACGAUUCCCACAUGUUUCUGCCUGGGAGUACUCCUCAAAUCAUGCCUCAUCCAUGGACUGGAAUAGCUGCUGGUCCUCAAAUUUUGUUUGCCCGAGCUGUUCAUUGCAUCCGUCAAGCCCGAUCAUUUGAUCCCGUUGGCUCAAGACCUGAAUCAAUUGGCAAUCCCUUGGAUAGAUUUCUCGGCACUCUAAACGAAUUGGAAAGUGAUAUUUGGAAGAUGAGGCUUCCUGCGCUACAUGAAAUAGCUAGCACCGGGGAUCGAAAUACCCCGGCUAUUCAUCACUUACUGGUAGCAGAGGCUUAUAUGUAUGCUACCAUGUACCAACUCUAUUAUAUUUUCCGAAAUCUUCGGCUUCGGCGAUUCACUCUGAUGGGAGGAAUACUUGGCAAUGAGUCGUUACUCCAGGAUUCCUGGGCCCUGUAUCAAGAAAAGUCAUGGAAUUGCUUAUCGCAGACCCCCUGUGGCAGUGAACGGUGGGUAAAGUUGCUCGGCCGCAACGUCAUACUCCGAUUAGAACAGAUUCAGGAUACCUCGGGGACUUGUUGUGUCCAUCCGCUUCUUUUGCUUGUCGGGUCCACGUCACUCUCAGUGAUCCCAGAACUGGAAGAAAGUCUUGAGGUCCGGGAGGUCUUUCGCGUUCGUCGGUUUGUCUUAGACCGAGUCUCGCAAGUCAGCGCAUCGAAGUUGUCAGAGCCGGUAUUUCAAGUGCACUCGGUGAUUUUAGAAAUAUUCAGGCGGCUUGAUCUGGGGCUCGAGGUAUUCUGGAUGGAUAUAUUAAAUGCUCUAGACUUUGUAACGAUAAUUGGUUAG